CAAACAAUCUUAGAUUGCAAAAUCCUGAAAUUCAAAUUGAAACAAUGACAUUCUCGAACAAAAUAGAGGUUAUGUCAUUCUUCAAAUUAAAUUAUUGAUAUUUUUACUGAUUCAUUCAUAACAACCGGGAUUAUUGCUUUAUAAGAUAAUUAUGUACCCACUUAUUCAAUAGAAGUAAUUGAGGAUAUAUUAUGAAGUGCCUACAGUAAACUUGAAUAAAUUAGUUAACGCUGCAUAAUGGCUUGCUCGAAAAUAUAAUUGAAUAUUCUUUUAUAUUAUUCUAAAUCCUGAAGUCUCUGUUCUAUAGAUAAACAAGAGAUUAAAGAUGCCUAAACAUCAAGAUAAAUUAAACAUUUUUGAUUAUUUCACAGGAUGAAAAAAUUAAAAGAUAAAUAUAUAUGAGCAGUUUUUUCUUGUGGCAAUUGUGAAUUUACUUAGUAUAGUACUAUUAAAAUUAUAAAAUUCAAUUUUUAUUUCUUCUAAAAUGUGUUUUAUUCUGGGAGAAACAAUAAUCACAACAGAGUCUGAGGAGGGAAAAAAGUUUAAGAAAUCUAUGGUUUCCAUUUUGAACAAUUAUCUUUGACGUACUUCUGUGUUUCGUUGAAAAGAGUCUUUCAUUUUGUGAAGUCGUGACAUUUGAUUUAGCACGUAAAACUCGGUCAAAAUGGCGGAAACCGAAGCUAUCAAGAAAAAACGUACUUUCAAAAAGUUCACCUAUAGAGGUGUGGAUCUGGACCAGCUUCUAGAUAUCUCUACCGAACAACUUUCGGAAUUGAUGAACUGCCGUGCUAGAAGGCGUUUCAGUCGUGGAUUGAAGAGGAAACCUAUGGCCUUGUUGAAAAAACUCCGUAAGGCUAAAAAAGAAGCACCCCCUCUAGAAAAACCAGAGAUCGUGAAAACCCACCUGAGAAACAUGAUCAUUGUACCAGAAAUGGUAGGAUCAAUUGUUGGUGUCUACAAUGGUAAAGCCUUCACACAAGUGGAAGUUAAGCCAGAAAUGAUCGGCCACUAUUUGGGAGAGUUCUCUUUGACUUACAAACCAGUUAAACACGGAAGACCAGGUAUUGGUGCUACCCACAGCAGUAGAUUCAUACCCCUCAAGUAAUCUAUGUAAUAUGUAAUUAAUAAAUGUUCUAAAAA